AUGCCUUCCCAGAUGACUAAAGCUACGCUGGCCGCCGCCGGUCUGUCCAGCGCCUCCAACAUCCUCGCUCAAUUCCUCGAGGCGUACCGAGAAAGUCGUCCUUUCAGCUUCGAUGACGCUAGUUUCCUCCGGUUUGUUACCGUCACCUUCGUUACCGCUCCCCCGAACUACAUGUGGCAGCAACUGCUCGAGCGCAGCUUUCCCGCUUACGAGCGAAAGCCGCCGAUCGUCGAUAUUGAGAAGCUGGACGCGAGCGGCGAGGACGCGACUGGAGAAGUGGGAAUGGGUGGAGGCCCUGUGGAGCAGAAGCCGAAGCUGAACUGGCGAAACACCUUCGCAAAGUGGUUCAUCGAUUGCAUCACCCUCGGCGCCAUCUUCAACACCGUCGCAUUCUUCCUUCUCAUGGGCAUCCUCAAACACCAGGAUACGGCCCAGAUCGGGCACAACAUCCGCCACGAAACCGUCCCCGUCAUUGUCGCCGGCUACAAGAUAUGGCCCUUCGCGUCCGUCGUCAGCUUCACCUGCGUCCCUGUGGAGCGACGGAUCGUCUUCCUUAGCUUUGUGGGGCUGCUGUGGGGGAUUUACAUGAGUCUCGUCGCCUCGAGAGUCUGA